AUGUCGCCUUCCAAAGCGAAACCAGAGGAACCCGAGUUCCCACCUCAGCCGGUGAAUAUUCUCACAGACUAUCAUGUUUCCACUACAACACCAGAACCAUUCUACACUUCAUACACACCCAACACCCCAAUUGCCAUGGAUAUCGGAUCGUCGCAAUUCCGAAUAGGUCUCACCAACUCAUCUUCCCCGAAUAACGUGUUCCCCCUGGUUGUGUCCCGUUAUCGUGACCGUCGUGCCCAGGCCACGCUUACCUUGAUUGGUAACGAUGUCUAUGGCGACCCAGCCUUGAAAUCUACUAUAAAGACCCCGUUUGACGGUCCGUUGAUCACAAAUUGGGAUUACAUUGAAUAUAUGUUAGACUACUCUUUUGAGCACUUGGGUGUAGACAGUGACAAUGGAAGAGUCAACAAUCCCAUAAUCAUGACAGAACCAUUAGGUUGUCCUUUGAGUCAGAGACGAGGAAUGUACGAAUUGCUAUUUGAGGCAUACCGAGUUCCUAAAGUCGUGUUUGGAAUUGACGCCUUGUUUUCAUACUAUGCCAAUAAGGGGAAAGACGGGGUUGUCAUUGGUACCGGGCACGAACUGACGUAUGUGAUCCCCGUGGUUUCAGGCAAGGGUGUGAUGCUGCAAAGUAAACGUAUUGACUGGGGUGGUGACCAGUGUCAGAAUUUCCUUGGAAAAUUGCUUUCUUUGAAGUAUCCUUAUUUCCCUACCAAGUUGAACUCACACCAAACAACAAACUUGUUCAAGGAUUACUGUUAUGUAUCAGAGAAUUACCAGGAGGAGUUGAAACAUAUUCUCGAUAUGGAUGUUUUGGAACAAAAGGAUAUUGUCGUUCAAGUGCCAGUUGAAAUUGCUAGCAAUCCCGAACCUAAAAAGUCAGAAGAAGAAAUUGCAAAACAACAACAAAAGAGAAAGGAACAAGGUAAGAGGCUUCAAGAACAGGCCCAGCAGAAAAGACUCGAGAAACAAGCCCAAAAGAAGGAGGAAUGGGAGUACUACUCCAAAUUUAAAACGGAAAUGGUGAACUUAACUAAGGAGCAAAUUGAAGCUCGUCUCUCUGAGGAUGGGUUUGACGAUUUGGAUGAUUUCAACAAAUACAUGGUUUCGCUUGAAAAAUCCGUCAAAAGAGCCGACCACGAAGAACAAGAGGAUGAGUUUGAUGCCGGCAGUGCCUGGCCAUUGGUUGAUACCCCCGACGAUCAAUUAACCGACGAGCAAAUCAAGGAAAAGCGUAAACAAAAACUUCACAAGGCCAAUUAUGAAGCUCGAGAACGAACCAAGGAACUUAAACGACAAGAAGAAGAAGCUAAAGCUGCAUACGAAAAGGAACAACAAGAAUGGAGGGAACGUGACUUGGAUGAUUGGUGCACCACGAAACGAGUCCAGUUAGCCAGUGCUAUUAGCAAAUACAAGGAAAGACAAAAGCUUCUUGAGUCUUUUAAAGACAGGAAAUCUGCUGCUGCCCAACAAAGAAUGAAAAAUAUUGCUGAUUUGGCCAAUGAUGAAACUGGCCUGACAUCAGCUACCCAACGUAAACGUCGUAGAAAUGCCAAUGCCACCAUUGAUAAUGAUCCCAACGAUACGUUUGGUGCCAAUGAUGACGAUUGGAACUUGUACCGUGACAUAUCCAACACCAGUAUCGAAGAAGAAAUGACCAAUAUAAUGACGGAAAUAACCAAUCUCGAAGAUGAUCUUUUGAAGUAUGAUCCAAAUUUCCAUCAUGAAGAUACGUUUGCAGCUGCCACCACAUUUGAUUGGAGUAGUUCGGUGCUCCACAAAUUCAUUCAUGGACCUCGUCCAAACAUGACUAUUGCUAUGCAAGCUGAAGGACUUUCGCCUGAGGAAAUAGCCAGCCAUCCUGAAGUUAUCCGCAAGAAUCACCAAAUGCAUCUCAAUGUUGAAAGAAUCCGUGUUCCCGAAAUCCUUUUCCAACCCAACAUUGCCGGAUUGGAUCAAGCUGGGAUCAGUGAAAUUUGUUCUGGUUUGAUCAAUCGUAGAUUGGAAAGAGAAGCCGCAGAACGGGUAAUCAAGGAUGUAUUUAUUACUGGUGGGUUAGCCAAACUUCCCAACUUCCAAACUAGAGUAGAGAGAGAUUUCAGACUGUUUUUACCUGUGGGCACUCCAUUGAAGGUUAGAACCGCUAGAGAUCCAAUUUUGGAUGCUUGGCAUGGGAUGCAAAUGUGGGCUGAUAGCGAAGAAUGCAAGUCUGGCUAUAUCACCAAGAAGGAGUAUGAAGAGUAUGGUGCUGAAUAUAUCAAGGAGCACGGUUUGGGGAAUAUGUGCUUGAUGUAG